AUGGCCGGAAAAACGCACAAGUACCUAGAAAGUGCCAAACUACUCCCGAUAGAGCAGAAAGGGUGCCGCAAAGGAGCUAAAGGGUGCCUUGACCAACUCUUAAUAUCCAAAACCAUCAUUGAGGACUGCAGGAAGAACAAGAAGAACCUAUCGAUCGCAUGGCUGGACUACCAAAAAGCCUUCGACAGCAUGCCCCACAGCUGGAUCAUCCGUGCACUGGAACUCAUGGGAGUGCACCCGAAUAUAGUAAACGCCUGUAAGAACAUGAUGGAGCACUGGUCAACAUGCAUCCAACUAAGAGGAAAAACAGAUACAAUGGACCACUAG